GAUGUCUCAGAAGUCGCUGCCUGCUGUCACGUCCCCUCUUUCCCCCACUACCAAGGUCCAACCUCAUCUUAGGGUUCGUCUGCAUCUGUCGUGAUAACAUAGCAGCGAAAGCGACGGCGACAAUGUCGAUGUCAAUGGGCGACACCCCUAGCACGGGGAACGUCACCGGACUCCCCUUAUCGGACCCACUCUGCAACAGCGACUCCUGCGCCGCUUUCAAGGCAGCGCAUCAGGCUUCCCAGGCGGCCGUGUCAUACGAUCACCAGUACGACUACGGGCACUACACGACUUGGUACUACCUCGCCGCCAUCGGCGUAGCCAUGGUCGUGUAUUCCUACCGUCUAUACCGGAACCGCGCAGCACGCUCUGGGGUCCUUACUCAGCAACAAUCCGGAAGAACGACAUCAACACUGUCUCACAAGAUCCUAGCCGCGUGCCGUUUCGUCAACUACCGCCACUCCAAGGGGCGUGUAGCCGACUACUUCGGCCUCCCUUCUCUUGGAACAUUGGCUUUUCUCGGCAUAACGUCGCUAUUUCUCUUAUUAAUGACGUUCCUGGUUCAUCCGUACUAUCGCGGCCGACGGGGUUACGGCUCUCCGCCGCUUGCUGUGAGGACGGGGUUGAUGGCACAGGCGCUAACCCCUAUUAUUGUCGCUCUUGCGGGCAAGGUCAACUUCAUCACCAUGCUCACCGGUAUUAGCCACGAGAAGCUUAAUGUUUUCCACCGCUGGGUCUCGUACAUGUGCCUGUUCCUGAGUAUCGUUCAUACGGUACCUUUUAUUGUCCAGCCAUUGAGGGAUGGAGGGCCUGCUGCUUUGCGGAAGCAGUAUUAUAAACCCGGCGGGAUGGAGUAUACCGGAACUCCACCAUUAGGUAUCCUAGUAGGCAUCGUCGUGCUUUCUAUCCCAUGGAUCCGUCAUCGAUUCUACAAUUUCUUCUAUCGGUUACACAUACCCAUGUACGUCGUGUACCUAGGCUUGCUGUUCUGGCACUCUAAACAGGAGAAGGACUCGUGGGUGUAUCUAUACUCGACGCUCGCGGUCUGGCUAGCUUCAUGUUUAGUGCGUCUCUUCUACAAGUGGCAGACCUUCAGCAUCUUCCGAGAUUGGUUCCACGGUCUUCCGUCGAGAGUUGAAGAGCUCCCGGGCGGAAUGACUAAAGUGACAGUUCUGGCGCCGCCGGAUUUUACAUGGAAGCCUGGGCAACAUUGCUGGAUCCGAAUACCUCAGUUAUCCAUCCUGCAAAACCACCCGUUCACAAUUGCGAACAUACCAAAGAUCCCAAGCGCAGGGGUGAAACUCGAUUCGGACGUACAAGAAAUGAUAUUAUAUGUCCGGGCACACCAGGGUCUCACACUCGACUUAUUGAAAUCCGUUGAGAACAACGACAAUCCUGAAGAUAGAGGGCUGUCGGUUUCUAUCCAUAUCGAUGGCCCCUACGGAGGAAUAGUAGAGGAUGUACCCGGUUUAUAUGAAUCCUUGAUAUUCGUCGCAGGCGGUAGUGGGAUAUCAGCUUGCCUCCCAUGGAUUCAACAUACCGCGCGUCGCGUCGCUGAGGGUUCAGCAGCGGUUAAAAAUAUCCAUCUCAUUUGGAUGGUUCGACAUGCCAGCCAAAUACAAUGGAUAACAGAAGAGCUCGAGCCUCUCAUAAAUGCUCAUCCGGAUCUGAUACAAGUAGAUUUCUUUGUGACAAACUCAAGCUCGCCGACGGUUACGAGCACAGAUUCCGAAAAGAAUCUCGAGAGCGGGGUCGUUGGCGGUAAGUCAAGCGAAAACACCACGACAACAGUCAGUCCAAAGCUAGGACAAGUUCAUACUCAACGGCCCUACUUACCUGACCUACUUCCUCCUCUCCUAACCGCGCGACGGUGCUUUAUUCUUGGUUGUGGUCCAGAAAGUCUGAGAACAGACCUUGCGAACGCGGCGUCGAUUGCCCAGAAAAAAGUUUUUACUGGUGAAUCUGAUAUCGUCACUUUGCAUACCGAAUCAUUCGGUUGGUGAUUGAAGGGAACAUAAACUUUUCAUGAUAGGAUUAAGGGGCUAUCGGGAUAUGAUAUAAAUGAGCAAACUUACUUCAGCUUACCUCAUUCCAAACGACGGGUAGAUAUCCGGAAUGCAUGAAUAUCAUGAAUAUGACGAUGCGGA